UCCGGCGUCGCUUGUGAAUUAAGUGACCAACGAGGGGAAGAAGCGGGCGGAUGUAGCUACACCUGCACAGCACGAGGGAGAGCAAACCCGCGCACGAGACCAGCCUCCGGUUCAUCGCGUAAAACGGUGCGCAACCGUUUAGUUUGAGCAGCGUCGGCUGGGGCCUCUGAUUAAUUGCUGCUGUUUCGGAGGAUAUGGCCGGCCGUCCUGAUGUGAAGCGGCGGGACUUUCAUACGCAGUCCGCAAAGGGAACUGAGAGAGUUCCAGACAUGACCUGUGUCCCAGGUUCCUCCUGUCCACACAGUCACUGAGCUUCAGUCCAGUGGGGACAAGCUUGGCAAACACUCCGCAGAUUUGUUAUUGUGGAAUUUGCUCAUGACCGUGAGGCAGGAUUAGAGGAAAAUCCAGAAGUGUCAGAAUUACGCCCCCACCUUGGUCCUGCCGGACUCUUCCACAGCGUAGUGCUGGCGCUCCAGUGAUGGAGUCCACCCGGAGGGAGCAGCAGCUGUCUGAGCACCAGGCUAAUGCUAAGGUGUCGAGUGAUCUUACAGCAGCAAGAGGACUAGAGCUCUUGAAGAGUGAGCUGUCGCGUCGAGACGCAAGCGUCAGGAAGCUCCAGCAAGACCUGCUCCUCUCCUACCGGGCCCGCGACACCCAGAGUGCCCAGCUGGACCUCCAGGAGCAGAAGCUGUGGGAUCUGCGCAGGGAGCUCCAGGAGAGCAGGCAGGAGCUCCAGCAGGGACACGUCCGACUCCAGCAGCUAAGGAGGGAGCUCCAGGAUACGACGCGGCAGGCUCAGGACCUGCAGGCACAGCUGUGCGAGGCGAGGGGACGUCUGGUCCAUGUGCAGGGGAACACUGAAGCGCUGUUGGGAUUCAAACACCUGAAGACAGCCGAGGCAGUUGAACAGAUACAGCAGUUGCAGGAGGAAGUGACCGAUCUUAAGGAGGAGCUGCGCUGUGUCAGUCAGCAGCUGCAGGAACGCACUACAGAGCUGUGCAGUCUCCAGACAUCUCAGCAUGAGCUGCAGGUGCAAGAGUCGGAGCGGCAGAGAGAGAACGCAUCCCUGCGGCAGCAGCUCCAGCAGGCCAGAGAGGAGCUCCACAGCGCCACCCUCAGGAUGUUUAACCCCCACCGCGUCCCACCCCUACCCCGCGCCGCUGAUAAAGAUAAAAAAGAGCACGGUCCGUCUAAAUCACGUAUCCUCCUUCCAGCUUGUCAUGAGGCGUAUUAA